CGGCCCCAGAAGUAUAAAUCCACUGGCACUUCCCUCCUCAGAUUAACCAACUUCCUCAUACUCAUCACGAAGAGAAAGCCCAUUGACUCUCAGUUUCGCUGCCAACAAUGAAGAUCUCCGCUGCCAUUUCUACUGCCCUCUUGGCCGUUAGUGCCGCUGCGUUCGACAAGAACCAACCUUGGGGCAAGCGCGACUACAACUGUGUCAACGUCUUCCAGGGCAUCCCUGACAACUCCACUGUCGCUCCCGGCGCCGAGAUCAACAUCAAGUUCGACCGCAAGUCCCAGAACUGCGAGACUCUGACCCAAUACAAAGGAUCGAAUUAUACCCUCUACCUCUACAACAACCCUGUUAGAAACCUUGACACUAUCAAGUUCGACAAGGAAAUUCCGAUUAGGCAGCAUGACAUCCCUGAGAAGGAUGGUGCUGUCACGAUCACCAUCCCGUCUCAGGAGAAGCUCGGCACCGUUGCGGACGACAGCGUUUGGUAUCUCCGUCUCUCUACCAGCUUGAACGAUGCCCCACAGAUGCCUACUCUCUUCAAUGCCGCCGGGCCUUUCGCCAUUCGUGCUUAAAUUGCUAUGGCAGUAAUUAGCGUUCCUCUUUCCGCAAAUGUUUGUCAUUCCUUAACAGACUCUUUCAAUACAGGCAGGUAUGGAUGUUAAUAUUCUACGUUUUGGAGCCCAACCGCUGGGCCUUUGUUCUAAUUUUGUCCAUAAAUUAAUUGAAUGUAUACCUGGUGUAUGUAAUAGGGCUUUAUUCGGCCAUGUGAUAUUCAUGUGUGCUUCCGUAAGACUCAAACAUAGAUUACUUUUCCGACAGAACAGAUGGCUUACAUACGAAUGCGUUGGACUAGAACCCCGAACAGUUAACAUAAUGUUGAAAAGCCAGCUUACCC